CUUCCCCCUUCUUCACCGGUGACGUGGGAUACCCCGGCCUCAUCCUCGCCACCUAUUACGUCUUCCUCGCGUGGGCAGAGCAAGUCCAGGGGUCGCCGGGUAUCAUUCAAACUAGACGAAGAGCCUAGACGGGGAAGAGACAGAGAAGGUUCGGACGACUUCGAUUCCUUAGCGAUGGUCAAGUCAUCGAGCAUGCCGGAAAUGUCCUCGUCUCCUGUGGCUCGGGGACGGAGUCGGUCCGCCGUGCCCCUGCCCGAUCUGAGUACCAAGUCUCAGAGCAGGAAGGGAAAGGGAAAGAAAGCGCAGACAACCAGUGCUGGGAGCGGAGUUGCGAGCACCGGUCACCAUCGCUCGGCUUCUCGUACUCCGCGCGGGAGGACACCAGGGCCAGGAGGCGGUGACGAGGACGAAGACGAGGAUGAGGAAAGUGAUCAUUUCAAGAAGCGUAAAUGAAGCGACGCGUCAUGCUCGGGCACAUUGGCAACACGGUGGGGCGCGUGCCAAGUAUGUAUGCGAUUUUCCGGUCUCGUGAUGACAGAUUAGUAUGCUUGUAGGUUAUCAUUCCAAUCGAUUUUUUGUCAGCGG